AUCAAAGUUGACAAUAUUUCGAAUUCAAUAUCAUUGCUUAUUAACACUUUUCAUUUUCGUCUUAUUAUUUGUUUACAAUUAGUAACAUUAUUCGGAGUCAACAUCAAAUCUGAUAUGGAUAUAAAAGAUAAAUAAAUACCAUUCAAUUAUAUGUUUUAAUUAAUUUGGCUGUAAAAAUUACAGGUUAAACUAUGACAUUAUUCAAAUAUUCGUGCAGUGAUAGUUAUUUGAAAUGACAAAUAGACAAUGCUAUGAAAGAUUCAUCUAAAGAAACAUUUUUUCAUGCAUAUCAAAAUUAAUACAAUUAAGGUCCACAAUAAUUUCAGUUGAAUUUUGGCAAAGAAUAUUAGAUAAAUAAUUUUUGCAUAAUAAUAUUUUUCUAAUGGACUAAUGAAACUUACAAAAACAUCAAUUUCCUUAAAAUCUUUUGAGUGUGAUCUAUAGCAAGGCUUUAAAACCAAAGCAUUUAAGAUUAAAGCAUAGUCAGGUUUAUACAUAACAUAAUAAUUAAAGCUUUUUUAGGCUUGUUUCCAAACUUUUUAAUCACAAAUUAAAAAUCUAAUUGAUAUAAAAAAAAAAAGAAUUUACAUAAUUAUUUACAAAUUAACAAAUAGUAUUAUAGAAUAAAACCAAUAUGAGAUAAAGAUAUAGAUUGUUGAUACUGCAGUGUUACAUUUUGUUUACUAGAUCUUUUAUGGUAGACAGAGAUACCAAAGAAAUCAGCGCAAUUAAUGAAGUAUUCCCAAACAGCUCUGUUUUACUUUGCUGGUUUCAUGUUUUACAGGCUGUGUACAGAUUUUUGAAUAAAAAAGAAUCUGGUGUAUCAGGACCCAUGCACGCACAUACCAGAAAAAAAGUUAUUGACUAUAUUAGAACUAUGAAAAUAUGUACCAAGAAAGAAGACUUUUCUCAAAAAGUUAAAAUGUUGCAAGAGAAGAUGCCUUCCAAACAAAUAGCAGACUACUUGUUAGACAACUGGUGUACUGACAAGUGGGGAUGUCGAUGGGCCAACUAUGGAAGACAUUUUUUUCAUGAAGAUCAAGAUACAAAUAACUUAGUUGAAAGGUUUUUCCUGGGCAUGAAAUACCAUUUCCUUGGUGGGUAUGCCAAUAGCAGAGUAGAGGACUUACUACUCCUUCUCCAUGGAAAUGUAACUAUGUUUUAUGACUAUCUGGAUGAACUCGCAAAGAUUGGUCGCCUGAAAAAUAUGGGAGGACAAAGGGGAGACAAAAGUAAAUUGACAGCAGAGAAUAUGCUCAAGGCAGGACUCGACCAAACUGUGCAAUGGACUUCAUCCACAGAAUGCACUGUUCCAUCACAGACAGCAUUUGGGACGAUUUAUAAUGUGGACAUUGUCAAUGAAGUGUGCAAUUGUCCAGCAGCAACAACAAGAGGAAUGUGUAAGCAUGUUCAUUUAGCUGAAUUGAUUGCUUCUAAAAGGAACAUCGACCUUACUGUAGAGCGCAGAUCAGAAGCAAUGGAUGUAUUUAAUGCAGAACAAUAUUUUUAUGACAGAGAUAACAACCAGGUAGAGGUUUUGUCAAGAUUGGGAAAUGUAUCAGUUGUUAAUUUGACCUCUUUCAAAUGUACAUGUUUUGCCAAUAGCCAUGGUAAACAUUGUGUUUGUGUGAUGGUAGCAAAACUGGUAGUUCCAUCACCUGACAUAGAGUCUACCUCAAUUGAUGAAACAAAACAACAAUUAAUUGAAGACAAAGAAACAACCGACCAGGCUAUUAAAAGAAAAAUUGAGGAAAUCAAUUUAUAUGUAAACAAUAAAAAUUUCCAGACAAUUGACGUGAAAAAAAAAGAAAGCUAUUUGUCAAGCACUCACAACGGCAUUACAUAUUUGUAAGACAACCAACUUUUCCAAAACAACAAGAAAGCGAAAGCAGCAACCGCUGUUUCCAAGCAGAAAAUCCAAAAGUCCAAAAACUGAUCAUGACUAUUCAGUAAGCCGAAAGUGUGUUCUGAAAAAACGGGGGCGUAAAGUUAAUGAUGAUGGCAGUUUCAAAUCUACGCACAGAAAGAAAGGAUCCAUUCGUAAACCAUUUCAAUGAAAAAAAUAAUGAAAUAUUAUACUGAUUUUGAAAAACUGCCUUUUCUAGAUAUUCGUUCAAAAAUUGUAUAUGUUACAUAGGUGCUUAAAUGCUUUAAAAGUAGGACAUAUACAGUUUGCUCUUGAAAUGUUUUGCAAAGAUACUGAUGUGAACAAAUGGAUAUAAUUUAAUAUAACAAAUACCUAUUCCUAAUGAUGAUUUUGUCAA